AUGGCAGGGACCGAGAUCUCUGUCCCUCCGGAGCAGUUCACCAAAAGCAAAGAACCAGAGUUGAUAACAGAAAAAGUCCUGGAGGAGGAAGAAGAAGGGGUGUGCAGAGCGAGGGAACACCCAAGCUCUGAAGAGUUAGAGGCCGAGAGCACCCACGGGGCCCUCCAGGCCAAGAUCCCAGGGGGCGAGCUGGAGCUCCUGCUGGCCAUCCCGGAGGAGGGCGAGAAGCACAUCCUGACCCUGCAGAUGGUGCACUUGACCUCCGAAGAUGCGGAGCUGCGGGACCUGGCACCACAGGGCCAGGAAGAGGUGCAGGAGGAGGUGUACCUGCUGCAGGAGGUGGAGGUGAUGCAGUUUCAUGUUCUGGAGGAGAAAGUGACCGGGGCCAGUGAAGACAGUAAGUGUGCAGUGAGCCUGGCAGAAAGCUCUGGAUCUAUAAAGCUUGAGAAAGGUCAGGAAGAGGAACGGCUGCUGGCUGAAGGUGGAUCCAGUGAAGAAACAGAAGGGCAGUUUUCUCUUCUGGAAGUGAGCCCAGGAGAUGAAGGAAGAGUUGAAAUUGUUCUGACAAUUUCACCCUUAAAUAUUGAGAAACCUGCGCUGGGUCAAGCACAUGUUGAAGAAGCCAACGCUACAGAAAGUCAAAAAAAGACGAAGGAAGUAAAACGAACCUUCCACUGUGACAUCUGCACGUUCACCUCUUCUAGAAUUUCGAGUUUGAAUCGUCAUAUGAAAACUCACACCAAUGAAAAGCCCUAUACGUGUCACCUUUGCCUGAAAGCUUUCCGUACUGUUACUGUCCUUCGGAAUCAUAUCAACACCCAUACAGGAACCAGGCCCUACAAGUGUGAUGACUGUGACAUGGCAUUUGUCACCAGUGGAGAACGUGCCCGACACAGACGUUAUAAACACACUCACGAGAAGCCCUUUAAAUGUUCCAUGUGCGCGUACGCUAGCGUAGAGGCAAGUAAAUUGAAGCGCCACAUCCGUUCGCACACGGGCGAACGCCCCUUUCAGUGCCAUCUCUGUAGCUACGCCGGCAAAGACGCCUACAAGGUGAAACGGCACAUGAGGACGCAUUCCGGUGAGAGGCCCUACGAAUGCCACAUCUGCCACGCACGCUUCACCCAGAGCGGGACCAUGAAGAUACAUGUCCUGCAGAAGCACGGCGAGAACGUCCCCAAGUACCAGUGCCCGCAUUGUGACACCGUCACUGCAAGGAAGAGCGACCUGCGUGUCCAUUUGCUCAAGCUGCAUACGUACGAAGCUGCAGAGAUGAAGUGCCGCUACUGUUCUGCUGUCUUCCACGAGCGCUACGCUCUCAUUCAGCACCAGAAAACUCACAGAAACGAGAAGAGGUUCAAGUGUGAACACUGCAGCUACGCCUGCAAGCAGAAACGUCAUAUGACAGUUCACAUACGUACCCACACUGGAGAGAAGCCGUUUGCCUGCCUCUCCUGCAAUAGACGUUUCCAACAGAAGCAACUUCUAAACGUGCACUUCAAGAAAUACCACGAUACAACUUUCGUCCCGACUGUUUACAAAUGCCCCAGGUGUGGCAAAGGCUUUUCCCGCUUGAAUAACAUGCAGAGACACCUGAAAAAGUGUGGCUCCAGGCGAGAAAAGCCAACCACCUCGGAAAAAGGAAGACGAACAAAAAUGAGGAAGCCGACCAUCCCGAAAGAGGCAGCCGAGGAAGACGAAGCCGCUGCCGAGGAGGCCUCCCUGGUGAGCGGGGAGCAGUACCCGGGAGGGCUGGUUCCCAUCGACUUCGGAGAAGCCACGGCUGGAGGCGAGGACCCGGAUGAAGACAUGACCUGUGAGAUGAUCCUGGCCAUGAUGGAGAAGUGAUGGGGAGUCCAGUACGCGGGCCUCUCACUG